AUGUCGAGCAGCAGCAGCUCUGAAGAAAAUGUGGAAACGGUUUUAGAUGCCGUAGAGAUUGAAAGCUCCGGAGAAGAACCACCGAUGAGUGAGUGGUCUUCACUCACCAUAUCUCUUCAGGAGGAAAACAAAAAAAGAGCGCUGCACGCAAAAGGUCUUUACUCUCCUGGAAGCGGCGAAGUAUGCGGGAAGUAUAUAACAAUGUCUGAUAGCGAAAUCUUCAAACAUCACUAUUAUAACUACCCCGCUGUUCACGAUCCUGGCAUCAUGAACGCUCUCUUGACCAGUGAUAAGCCUACCAUAUAUGCAGACGACGGUCGAGACUUAUAUAUAGCACUCUGUGAAGAAAUGAAUACACCUGUCGUAAGAAUGUUUCACUCUGGUCUUUCCAGUGAUGUAAUCAGUCUCAGUUACUAUGGCCUUGACCCAUAUGCAGUCCGUCCAAUAGCAUUGGCUCUUCAGUAUAAUAAAUCUGUACGUCGAUUAGACCUAAGUGGUAAUUUUCUCAACGAUGACGCCUGCUUUCAUUUGUCUCAAAUGUUGACUACCAACACAGUAAUAAAAGAACUUAAUCUGAGCGGAUGCCGCAUAGAACCUUCAGGUAUAUUACGUUUAGGAAGCACUUUAGGUGUAAAUAGGAGUCUCGAAGUCCUCAACCUUUCGAAGAAUUGCAUGGGUGAAGAAGGUGGAAUACAUUUUGCUAAACAGAUCGGAGAUGGUGCUGGAGUACCACGUAUAAACUUGAGUUACAAUGAACUUGGCAGACUUUCAGCGUUCGCAUUAGCCGAGGCUUUAGAAUAUCGAAACAAAAUAACUCAUUUAGACUUGUCCUGGAACAACUUUUUCCAUGCCCCUUCAGCAGUUAAGAUGUUCGAACAAUUGGCAGACAGUGAUGUAUUAGAAGAACUAAAUUUAUCUUGGAAUUCGUUGGAGGGAGAAAGAAUAGCCGGUGCCAUUUCAUCACUUUUGCUUAUACCGAAGCUGAAAAUAUUGAAUUUGAGUAAUAACAGACUCAAAGAUGAAGCAAUAACACUAAUUAUUUCCAAACUUAUGAAAGCUAAGAAAUUGUCAACUAUUGAUUUCUCGUUCAACCCUUUGAGUACUACAGAUGCCUACGCCGUAUUGGAAAAGAUGUUAAGACCUCGUGUAAAAGUUGAUACUCUGUUAAUGGAAGGUAUAUCUGUAGAGAAAAAAUUCCUUGGAUUACUGGAGAAGGUUAUGAAGAUGAAAUGCCGCAAAAACUUUUCAGUUAAACAUGGAAGAGUUCUCAGUAACUGGACAAUUGAAGGUCCUAAUGUAAGAACAGUAUUAUUAGAAAGAGCAAGCUAUCUUGGACGAAAAGAUAAAAAGAGGCGUGUUGAUAUAGCUCUAUUCUUCUUAAGGAUGUAUAAAGAAUACCCGAAACCGAUUCCUGUGAAAACACUCAUGGAUCAAAUAGAUUUGGAGAAGGUUCCUUUGGAUGAGGAUUUAAUUAACGAGAUGGCAGGCUUAUUCCCUGGACCAAAGAGUGCAAAAACGAAAUUGAUUAACAUCGAAGCUGUUUGUGAAUAUAUUCAUAGGAUUUGGCCCGAGAAAAAGUUGCCACCGACUCCGCCGCCUGAACCAGAACCUGAACCAGAGCCAGAGCCGCCACCACCUCCACCGAAAGGCAAAAAAGGCAAAAAGAAAUAA